AUGAUGGACCCAAGCGCUCCUGUUGUACCUCAAGAAAUAAGCACUGAUCAACCUGUUUUAUCAGAUGAGGAAAAUGCAAGGCUACAAGUUGAAUUGUCUCAGGUUGAAGAAGAAAUUCGUCUCCUUCAAGAAACUCUUGUUGUUAAGCAGCGCCGAUCUAACGAGAUAAAAAAGGCUCUUGGUUUUACCACACUUUCUACAUUGCAGUAUGACCUCAUGGAAGGUAUUCAUAAAUUGGAAGAUACAGAAGCAUAUAUCAAAACAAGCGAACUUUUAAGUAAAGCUAAAGAUAAGACCGUCAAUGUAGCCCAAGAUGCUAAAGAAAAAGUCGGAUCAACAAUUUCUGCUAUUCGGAAUUCAGAGGUUGUGAAAUCAUUGAAUGAUAAAGUUGGUUCUGCUUAUUCAACAGUUAAAAUACUUUGUAUGGAUAAAUUUACCCACCUACCAGCAAUUACAUGGAUUCCCUCCAAGAAUGGAAUUCGUGUGCGUUUUUAUUAAUGUGCUCGGCAGUUGUAUUUAUGUAUAAAUGUCGUCUGUAGGUAUUUAUUUUCACUGUCAUUGUUGUAGAAUCUGUUUGCUGUAAUUUGUUUUUUUUUU